AUGGCUCCACCCCGUAGGAAACGUAUUAUUGAAGACUCGUCAGAUGAAGAGAUUGAAGAUGUCGACUUCCAUGCCUCUUCUUCAAACUCAAUGCGUUCGUCACCACCACCACCUGCAACAUUGGGAUUACCUCCAUCGUCACCUACCCUUCCCUUUGAUGACGACGAACAGGAGAUUGGAGAGGAAGAGAUACCCAUCAUUGACGAGGAGGAGGUAGACGAGGAAGAUGAUGCUGAGGACCUGAUUGGAGACAAUAUGUUUGACGAUUACCGCCAAAACAGGGACCAAGACCACUACGAUAUAGACCAGAUUGACGAUAAUGAGUAUGAGCAGAUGGACCCAGAAGAGAGAAGAAAAGUUGACAAACUUCUGAAUGAAAAAGACAGACUACAGAAACAAGCUUUAGCUGCAGACAGAGAUAUUUAUCUUGGUGAUGGUGCUGAUAUGGAUGUUGAGAUUGACACCCGAACUGGAUUGCCAGUGCAAUCUAGAAGAAGAAGAACCGCCUAUGACGAUGACAGAUUGGGACAUGAUGAUGAUGACUUGGAAGAUAUUGACCCGUUGGCGGAAGAGCUGACUCUUGAAUCGUUGGCCGAUGUCAAAGCUGAGUCCAUUCUCCAAUGGAUUCUGACUCCCAAUGUUAAUAGAACUAUUGCGAGAGAACUGAAAUCAUUCUUGCUUGAGUAUACCGACGAAAAUGGCCGCUCCGUAUACGGUGCAAGAAUUAGAGCUCUUGGUGAAGUUAACUCUGAAAGUCUGGAUGUAUCAUAUACUCAUAUUCUGGAAAGUAAAGCUAUUCUGGCUCUGUUUUUGGCCAGUUGCCCAGAUCAAAUUCUUCAAAUAUUUGAUGUUGUAGCUAUGGAGGCUACAGAAUUACACUAUCCAGAUUAUGCGCAAAUUCAUUCCGAGGUACAUGUUCGCAUCACAGACUUUCCAAACAUCAGCAGUUUGCGUGAGCUAAGAGAGACACAUUUAAAUGCUCUAGUUCGUGUUACUGGUGUAGUCACAAGGCGAACUGGUGUGUUCCCACAGCUGAAAUACGUCAAGUUUGACUGCUUGCGUUGUCAUAUGGUUUUAGGUCCUUAUAUUCAAGAUUCUACCCAAGAAGUCAAAGUCUCCUACUGUACCAAUUGCCAAUCUCGUGGUCCUUUCAAAAUGAACGCAGAGCGUACAUUAUAUAGGAAUUAUCAGAGGAUAACUUUACAAGAGCCUCCAGGAGCUGUUCCCCCAGGAAGACUACCCCGCCACAGGGAAAUAGUGUUACUAUGGGAUUUGGUGGACGCAGCCAAACCGGGAGAAGAAGUUGAUAUCACUGGUGUUUACAAGAAUAGUUAUGAUGGUGCAUUGAAUGCACACAAUGGAUUUCCAGUGUUUGCCACGGUCAUUGAAGCAAACUGCCUGCGGAGAAGGGACGCUUCUGGAUCUACCAAUCCAGCUUUGGAUUCUUCAGGAUCGGUGCCCUGGACUGAUGAAGAUGAAAGCCAAAUUAUUCAGCUUAGUAAACAGAGAGGUAUUGUGGACAAGAUUAUCGGUUCCAUGGCUCCCUCUAUAUAUGGACAUCGUGAUAUAAAAGCCGCCAUUGCUUGCUCCUUGUUCGGAGGUGUUCCCAAAGAUAUCAAUGGUAAGCAUUCUAUUAGGGGUGAUAUCAAUGUUCUUUUACUGGGUGAUCCAGGUACGGCUAAAUCUCAAAUCUUGAAAUAUGUUGAGAAAACUGCCCACAGGGCAGUGUUUGCUACAGGUCAAGGGGCUUCUGCGGUGGGUCUUACUGCAAGUGUCAGAAAGGACCCAGUUACGCGUGAAUGGACUUUGGAAGGAGGUGCAUUGGUUCUUGCUGAUAAGGGAACCUGUCUGAUAGAUGAGUUUGACAAAAUGAAUGACCAAGAUAGAACAUCCAUCCAUGAAGCCAUGGAACAGCAGUCCAUUUCCAUCUCAAAAGCAGGUAUUGUCACUUCGUUACAAGCCAGAUGUUCUAUAAUAGCAGCAGCUAAUCCUGUUGGUGGAAGAUAUAAUCCGACUAUGAACUUGGCACAUAAUGUCAAUCUAACAGAACCUAUCUUAUCCCGUUUUGACAUCCUUUGUGUUGUCAGAGAUUUAGUGGAUCCAUCAGUUGAUGAGAGAUUGGCAAAGUUCGUGGUAGAUUCCCAUAUUAGAUCCCAUCCACAUGACGAUGCCAAUGAUUCUGAUGAUAGUGAGGGAGAAAUUGAAGGUGAUCGAACUGUGAGCCAAGUACAGCAUGAUGUGUCUGUAAACAAAGGAAAACGUGAGCGCAGACAACAGCUACAGCGUGAAAAAGAGAAUCAAAUUUCACCUAUUCCUCAGGACUUACUGGUUAAAUAUAUCCACUAUGCAAGAACAAAAUUGUAUCCUAAACUAACACAAAUGGACCGGGAUAAAGUAGCAAGGGUUUACGCUGACCUGCGUACUGAGAGCAUUACUACCGGUAGUUUCCCUAUUACUGUCCGUCAUUUUGAGAGUAUCCUACGAAUAGCAGAGUCCUUUGCACGCAUGCGGCUUAGUGAGUUCGUUUCAAGCAGUGACCUAGAUCGAGCUAUCAAAUUGAGUAUUGACAGUUUUGUCGGAACUCAAAAACUGAGUGUUAGGAAGCAGCUGCAACGUAGUUUCAUGAAAUACACACUUCCCAAGUGA